AUUACUUAAAGAAGCUGCAGCCAUUCAAACUUCACACCCAUCUGUUCUUGGUGCGAAAGUUGGUGAUGAGAUCAGCUAUGCCUAUGGCCUCUCUCAAACUCAUCAGGCUCUUCCUCUUUCAGCUGCUUCUUGCCAUUUUCUUGCUUUCUUCACCUGUGCUCUCUGAUGGUGCGAAAGAUAUUAUUCUUCAAGGCCUGAACAGUUUCAGGAAAUCUAUGGGCCUGCCAGCCUUGACCAUUAACGAAAAUGCAGCAUGCCUUGCUGACGUAUUUGCCGACCAGGUAUUAGAGGACAUACCAUGCUCUUCAAGCUCCCCUCAAUUGCAGAACUACCCUGACCUCCUAGCAUCCUGUGACAUUGAAGUUAAUCAAACUAGAGAAGGUGCAUUUAUGCCCGUUUGCGUGCCCAAUUUAGUUCCACAUCUUCUGCUUUCCAAUUAUACGCAUGCCUCGCAUUACGUCAAACGCUUGACUGACGCCAAGUUCACUGGUGCUGGACUUGCCACCGAGGACGACUGGAUGGUGCUCAUUUUGAGCACCAACACCCCCGGGGGUAACUUCGGCUCUGAGGUUGACGCCUUGAUUUCACAUGAUCCGAUGUCACGAGGAUCUGCAGGUGAUCAGCAACAAGAAGUAAAUGCAAGUGACGCAGUCGAUCUUUUCAAAUCACUCAACUAUCACAGGGCAUUUUUAGACCUUCCAACUUUCGUCGAGAACAAAGAAACAGGUUGCCUUGCAGGUGAACUGGCUCUGAAACUUGGCGACCAACCAUGUAAUGAGGCCAGCAGAUCCAACCCUCUUCAACUACAUCAGUUUCCUGAACUGUUAUCCAAGUGUAACAUUAACAUGAAAAACAAUAGAGACGGUGUUGCCUUGCCUGUUUGCGUGCCCCAUUUGGAUCCAACAACAGUUUUUACUAAUUACACACUCACCGACUACGCCAAGUGCAUAAAUGAUUCGAAUUUUGCUGAAGCUGGACUUGGCUCUAAAGGUGAUUGGAUGGUGGUUAUUUUGAGCACAAACACUGCUCAAAACGCCACAGAAGCUGGGGACUUUGCAUUAGCCAAUGUUUUGGUUUCGACCAUGAAAGAGCAGUUUGCAGGAGCCAACAGUUUGGUUUCCACGAUUGGUUUUGGUCAUAAUUGCUUGAUGUCUUUCAUGCUGAGGGUGCUUGUUUAUGGUGGAGCGGCUUUAGCCUGGGGGUAAUGCUUUGCAGGAGGCAUGAGGAGAAGACUCUGGAUCACCAAUUUGGUGAAUUUACACUAAAUUGGUAGUUGUGUUGUGUAAUCUCAAUUAUAGUAUGAAUUAAAGUGCUGCGUGACAGACUAUGUUUGAUAUAUGAAGCAGUUCAUAUGUAUAUUUGUGCGCACUUUUAUAUGUACUUCAACUACAUAUUUUGCAUUAUGUAUGUAGUUUGUUUGCAUUAUAUGUAGUUGUUUUUGUGUUGUGAUAUAUGUAGUUUCUACGUACAUCAAUAAUGAAUGGAAGUUCUCCGAAAAUUCAAAUGUA